AUGGGAAGGAAUAGUGAUUUUAUUACCUUGAAGUACACUAAUUGGAAAGCUGUGCCCAAGCAAAUCAAAAAGCGCAUUUGGAAGUAUAUUAAUUCAAAGUUCAUUCUUCCAAAAUCUUCAAAGUUAUGGGUGAUGACUGGUGUUCAAGGAGCAUGGAAGCGUUACAAAACAAGAAUAAAAAAGAAGCAUUUUGAACCAUAUUCUAGAAAUAUUGAGGAUAUGUUGGUGAAUCGUCCUUUAGAAAUUCCAGAAAUACAAUUUCGGAAGCUAAUUGCAUAUUGGAGUAUUCCAACUGUCAAAGCCAUGUGUGUUAUAAAUUCUGAAAAUCGCAAGAAGCAACAAUGGAGGCAUAAAAUGGGCCCAAUCAAUUUUGCAAGAGUGCGUGUUGAUUUGCGUGAGAAAAAAGAGAACAAAGAGGAACCAAAUCAAGCUGAAAUGUUUGUUGCAACUCGGAAUGGACUAAAAGGGAAAACACUUGAUGUAGAAACACAAGCUGUUAUUGAUAAACUUGAUGAUCUCCAAGAAGCUGGAGAAACUCCUACUAAUGCAUUUCAAAAAGUUUUUGGUAAAGAGAAUCCAGGAAGAGUUCGAUGUUAUGGAAGAACUGUUAUAAAAACUUCUCUUAAGAAAAAUAAAGAAAUAGAUGAAAUCAAAAAACAAAGUGAAGAGAAGGUAACAACUUUAAAAACUGAAUUAGACGACCAUAAGCAACGACUGCAAGGAUUGGAAGAUAUUGUGAAACUUAUGUUGCAACAAACUUCUCCUGGUAUGAAUGUUGAUGAAGCGCUUUCUCUCUUGCGAUCUAAGCAAUCGUCUGCAAAUAGUGCACAAGAUCCAAAUUUAGUUCCCCGGCAUUCUCCUCCAUCGACUCAUAUACCAAAUCAUGAAUAG